CACCCGCGAAUCACCGAAAGCCACUUUCCACUCGCCGCUUCGCAAAUCGCGUAAAUAAAAAAAUUGUUAUUCAGUUUCACUCGUGUGUAUGAGUUAUGAACUACGCUUGCUACAUAUUAGACUUUGAUAUUAUAGAUAUAGCAUUGCUUUGGUCAUAGAUUAGUUACUGAGUCGAAGGAGCGUGGCAACCUUGGCGCAUCGUGCAAUGCAGCGGAGACCUUGCAAGUCACACGUCACAGUAACCUCGGCUCGCGCUGCUCGUGCCGCCACUCUGACGUAUUUUAGCUAUCUUUACAAUAAUUCUUUGUACGUCAUACAUUGCUCUGCGAUCACGAGUAAUUAGCUGUGUCGAUAUUUAGAAGUCACAAUGUACUUAAAUUAAUUUUUUGCUGACGGAACGACACAGCGGAGAAGCAACGUAGUUAAGAUAAAAAAUAAGACGCGGUCACUCAAGGACGGUCGACUGCCAUCGAGUGGUAUUUCCCGUUUGAGAAGUGGCACAGUACACUAGUCACCAAUGACGUCCGCGGUGCAAUGAGGCUGAUUGCGGUAGGGAAUUGUAUCAAAUUAACGCAACGAAGGCCUGAAGGUGCAGAGGGCCUCAGUUUCCCGAGUUAUCGCAAAGGAAAAACACGCCAUACUUUAUCGUGUGUUGUGCUCGCUAUCAGCUGUUGGGACGAUGCGGUGCGCGGCCGCUAACUCGAUAAUCAUGGUGAGAAAAUACGAAAGGAUAAGCGGACGCCAAUCAUGGAGCGAAGAAGAAAUGGCGAAAGCCGUCGCUGCCGUGGUGUCAGGUAAGAUGGGAUACAAACUCGCUGCCAGGACCUUCCACAUACCACGGUCCACCCUCCAGAGACGAGCAAGUAAAGUUCGCUACCAGCAGCCGGAUGAUCCUAAACCUCUAAUGGGACAUUACAGAAGAGUCUUUACAGACAGUCAAGAGAAAGAUUUAGUUGGAUAUAUAAAGAGUAUGGAGCAGUACUUCAUGGGUGUCACAAGGAGGGAUAUAAGGGAACUGGCAUUCCAAUACGCGGAAGAUAAUCACCUGAAUCAUCCUUUCGAUGUUAACGCAAGAAUGGCCGGAGAGGACUGGGUGCGAAACUUCUUGAAAAGAAAUCCUGAAUUGCUUAACAAGCCAGAUAAGGAGUUCGAACUCGAGCCCGUAAACUUCGAUCAGUUCUAUCACUUCAUGUGUCAAUCAUGAUGAUUUGGGCACUAUCAGCUGGCUAACUUUAAGCAAAGGUCAUUGCCCACCCGCUAGGGCCUCACUUAGUUCCAAAACGUGAAACGUUAGCAUAAUACUAUCAUAAUUAUUGUACCCUUUUUAAUAUUGUUUACUUUCCUAAUGACCUUAAUGCAAGGCGAUCUGAUUUCCUUGUGAUUAAUGCUAAAGAUACAUUGCUAGGGAAGGUGAACGGUGAUUGUAUAAAUUUAAAAUGGGAUAAAUUUCGGUAAUUUUAUAAAUGUUUUAAACUGGAUUAGGUAAUGACUAAUGAGAGCAAAGCUCUGGAAAAAAUUACGUACAUAAGUUUAAUGCCAUUUUAGUUAUGUGCUUGGGUACUUAGUCUAAUUGUAACUAAUAUUUGAAUUAUAUUUUAUAGUUUAAAUUAUGUUAUUUAAUAAUAAUAGCAAAAUUACGGGCUGUGAUAAGGAGAAAUAGUAAAAUAUGGGAACAUAUCAUCGAUUGAUGUGUAGGCAAUUUUUGUAGUGCUAAGCAAAUAUAUUUAAAAAACAACAUAAAUUAUUGCAUUUUAAAAUAAUCUAGAUUUUAUUAUUAUAAAAAAAAAAUUGAUAUUGUUCUAAAUAUUCCUGCGUUUUGACUAACAAAAGUUAUGUUCUCUAAGUGUUUAAAAUUGUUUCAAAAUGGGCUCUUCAUUUGUUUUAAGUGUUGUUUUGGUUUUAUAAUAUAAGAAUUGUGAUAUAAGAGACAGUUAUAUAAGUCGUUUUAAUAGGCUACAUUUUGUAAAUUAGAAACCUUUUUGUAUUUUUCCUAAUUGCCUAUUUCUCUAAACGAUGUUGAUUACUAGAUUUUCCGUAACUACGUAUUUCUAAUGUACAGUUUGGACUUGCAACGAAUAAUCGGUUGCUAUUCGGCGUAUACGGCUACUUUUAUUACAUUCGGCCGAAUAUCUACAUAUUAUUCGGCCGAAUACCGAAUACUUAAAUAAUAUAUUUUGGCAUAGAGAAAUAAUUGAUAAAUGAAAAAUUUAAAUUGAUUGAUUACGUAAAUAUUCAUAUUUUCAUUUCUGUUAUAAUCAUUUAAGUAGUCAUGCAGUCCGUUAGCAAUAUAUCGCGCAGAUUAAGAGCGGACGAUGAGUUCAUUAGAUCAAAACAUAGGAGCGCGAAACAAUCACGUCUGUAUUUCUUUUAAAUACAAGUUUUUGGCGCUUAAAUGUAGCCGAAUACUUUUGGCUAAUAUUCGGUCAGGGGCCUCGCCGAAUAUUCGGUAUAAUGCCGAAUAUACCAUUCGUUACAAGUCUAGUAUAUAUACUUAAUUUUACUUAUUUCCUUUUUUUAUAUUCAAUACAUAAACAAGAUGUCCUUUAUAAAAUCAACUUCGUUUAUCAUUACCAAAAUUUAAAUUUUUUACCCAACAAUGUUACCUGAUUUGAGUUUUGAUCUCUUAAAUUUAGUUUUAGUAAAGAUAUAUUUAUUUAUACGAUCGGUAACGGAAAUUUGCUACCAUGGAAUACUGUUGUAUGCCAAACUAUGUUAUUAAUUUUAAAAACAAUUUUAUCAAGUACUUAAGUUUCAAAUCAUUAAAAGUUUUUAAAUUUUA